AUGUCUUUUUCAGUGUCCGAGCUGGCGGAUGCGCUACCGCCGCCGCUGCCGCUCUCGUCAACUUCACCUCUCGAGCCUCGCGCACGCGCUACAAACACUGCGUCACCCACAAACUCCAUCUGGAGAGACCUGCCGGAAGCUGAAUUCCGACAACACAUCGUCCAUCUGGAGAAACUCACCAAUUCCGUGCCAGUUGACGCACAAACUUUCCCCCUGCCUCCACAUUCUGAUUCUGCAGCAGCGGUCGCGCAACAUGGAGAUUCAAACCCCACGGAGGCCACGGAGGCGGACGCGGGUGGCCGAACCUCCGAUACUCAGCAACCUCAUCCCCGUCAGCUCUCGCUGGCCACUGAACAGCGCCUGGCAGAUGACAUCGCCUGCCUGGUGGCCGUCGGCGAAGGGGCGCAGUCUGUCGCUGCUACCACUAUUCAGGAAAGUCGGGGUCCGGAAGGAAAGGGACUGAAGGUCACCAUCGCCUCCGUCGACGCGAUCCAGCCCGAUUCACAGGCCUUUCUCCGCUCCGUUUUCCACACACUAUCUGCCGUGCCGACCGCCAAGACAUUACAUAGUCUCUUGGACCUAGUCACCCGUCAUCACCAAGCUCGUCUGCUCAACCGACUGCGUUCUUGCAAGUGGAAGAAGCCGACCUACCUAUCACGCACUCACAAGAAACCCCUGCAUGCCGACUUUGCCAAUCUGGUUCACCGGAUUCAAUUCGUCUAUACCAAAAAGGAGGCCGAUACGCGGGCGCAGCUCGAGAAAGAACUCUUGGCUCUUGGGCAACUGCUCGAGGCUUUCGAGACCGCAGAUGAUGAUCACGGCAAGCUAGUCGAAAUUGUUCGGUGUAGCUACGAAGCAUGCACCUCGCCCCUUGUUGCGAACUAUCUUGAACGCCUGCAGGGGUUCAACAAGCCAACAACUCAAAUCCAGGCCUGCCUCAAAACUUUGCGCCAACUCGAGAAAGUCGCAGCUUAUUACCGCAUUUGUUUAGACCUGACAAGUUUGUCCCAAUCCCGCGCCAAGCUUUUCGACGCUGUGGAACUUCUCUUCCUGCCUCCAUACGAGGCGGUGCCUCUCACCACCGUCGCCUUCCAACCAUGGGCGAAAUCGACUCACGUGCACGCAGAAGUCAUCCUCAGUGUUCAUCACGACCUCGAGCUCCAUCAGCCGCAGCCCGGUGGUCGUGCUUGGCAUAAGCCAAGAUGCCUCGGCGCCUCAAAGUACUUUUGCUAUCUCUGCUUCCUGUUCAUCCGACAUCACGGGGCUUACUUCGCAGCGAACACGCACGGAGCAUGUUAUGACCAGUGGACGGUGCCGGACCUCGCCGACUUCACUGAGCCAGUCGCCAACCACUACAGGGAGGUCUUGCGAGCCAUGGACGAUGAGAUUCGAAGCCAGACGCAGGGCGCAAUUUGGAGGCCAGAGCCCAUGACAAGCAGAGAAAACUUAAUAGGCACGACAAUAGAAUGA